GGAGGACGCCGCCCGCCCCGCAGCGCGCCGGGGGUCGGCGUGGGCGCCGGGGGGCCGAAUAUUUAAUGAAAACAACCCCACGCUUAAGGGUUGAAAAUGGCAGGCUUCCUGGACAAUUUCCGUUGGCCGGAAUGUGAAUGUAUUGACUGGAGUGAGAGGAGGAACACCGUGGCUUCCGUGGUAGCAGGUAUAUUGUUUUUCACAGGCUGGUGGAUAAUGAUCGAUGCAGCCGUGGUCUAUCCUAAGCCAGAGCAGCUGAACCACGCCUUCCACACGUGCGGUGUGUUUUCCACAUUGGCUUUCUUCAUGAUAAAUGCUGUGUCCAAUGCUCAGGUGAGAGGUGACAGCUAUGAGAGCGGCUGUUUAGGAAGAACAGGUGCUCGUGUUUGGCUCUUCAUUGGUUUCAUGUUGAUGUUUGGGUCACUUAUUGCUUCCAUGUGGAUUCUUUUUGGUGCAUAUGUUACCCAGAAUACUGAUGUUUAUCCAGGACUAGCUGUGUUUUUCCAAAAUGCACUUAUAUUUUUUAGCACUCUGAUCUACAAAUUUGGAAGAACCGAAGAACUAUGGACCUGAGACCAAUUCUUAAAUCACAUUUUCCUUUUGUUAUAUUCUAUUUGUAGAUAAGUUUUUAUCUUUCAAUAUAAUUUACACAUUGCCAAAUGGGAGAGAUUGUACAUUAAAUGUUUUGUUUCUUUACACUUUUAUGCUCUGAGUUUUGAAGUACUUUUAUGAAAAUUUCUGUCAUUUUUCAUUGACUUGACUGUUAAUCUAUUCAUAAUAUGAAAUAUAGCUGGGAUGAUGAGUAUCGGCUUUUUUAUUCCUGAGGAUGGAAAGCUUGAUGUGUUCACGAUGCCAGGGUUGCCUCAUCAUGUCAUUUUAAAGGUCACUACUUGGUUUUAGAUUCUCUAAUUUCAGAACUUGGGUGAAAAUACAGUUCCGUUGAUCUGAAAUAAGCACUGAGCCAUUAAAAAGGGCAAGUUGUAGUUUAUUUUGGUUUAAAAAUGAGAUUUUUUUUUAACAAGGAAAAGUGUUUGUUCUUAUGUAUUAAAAAUGGACUUUUAUACGGAGAUUUUUUAAAUACCUGAAGGACUAGUUUGAAAGUCUCUUUUGAAAGUUUUUAAUGUGACUUUGAGAAGUGAUGGGUAAUGCUUGAUCAGAUAAGCUCAGUUUUGUAUGGUUAAUGUAAAAAGACUAAGACAGCUCAGCAACAUGCUUCUUAUAAAGGCAGCUUGAACAAUCUGUCUAGUGGGACUCUCUUGUCAGCCUACUGUUAUCUGACAAUACAAAAUUUAAUAGUAAGCAAGUGUGAGACAACUGCAGUUAAACAGCAUGAACCAUAUAACCAAAGUGAACAAUUAGUUUCAAGUUAAAGCAGUUCUUCCCAGCAAGAAUUAUUAUGAACUAGUGAAAAAUAAGGCAUUUCAUCCCCGUAGUUAGACUGCAAGUCUCUUUUAACUUCAGCUCUCAAAUUCUGGGUGAACUCUUCCUGCAGAAUAUAUCUUCAAUCUGAAAGUUCAUACUCAGACAGAAACUUCUUUUGCCAACUUUGAAACACUGUAUUUGCACUGUGUGUGUGUUUACUCCUUAUAAGAGAUUUCAAAGGCACCCUUGGGUCUGCACUGCUACUUGUUGCUUUCCUUUGUUACACAGGUUUGUUAUACAGGGAAAAGGUGAUUUUAUAGACUUUGGUUGUAAGACAAAAUAUCAAUGGUAUUAUAUGCAGCUUCUAAUGCAAGCCUUAUUUUGCUUAACUUCCACCCUCUUUGAGGGGAUUGACUGCACAGAGUAUGAAGCAGCUGUGGAUUGCUGUGCCUUUGUCUAGAUACCACCUUGUUUAAUUCCUUCUUUGUUGUUUUGUCCUCAAAAUGUCAGUAAACUUUGUCUUGCUUCCAACAUAUUGUAAGACUAAGUACUUGUUUCCAUUCUCUUGUAAUCUAUUGCAAUAAAUAUUACUUCUCACACGUUCUGAUACCUUCAGAUCUGUUGGAGAAAAACCUAAAUUGGUUUAUUGUUUAUUAUUUAAUCAUUCAAGUGGGCCCAGUCAAAGAAGCAGUUUAU